CGACCGCGCGCAUGGAAGGAGGGUUUGGUGUGUGCUGCUGUGCUGAUGUGUGUUGCGGUCGGCCUGCUGGGCUCGGCUUUGAAUGACGGAGCCGUACCAUGUUGUAGUCGCGUCUCAGCGGACCAUGUCCAUGACGCGGAGCCUCAUGACGUUCGACAACAACAAUGAGAAGAAACAGCCUCAGGUACAGGCCAGCAAACCCGUGCCUCAGCAGCCACAACCAAACACGAAGACAUCGUGUUUUCGGGCGCACUUCAACAGCCUGUGGUCGGUAUGGUACGGACUCUGCACUGCCGGUCUGCAGGCGUACAUCGCAGAGCAGAGUGCUCGGCGCUUCUUGGGCUACGCAGCUCUACCAUGGCCCGGGUCGAGCCUGCCCCCUCACCUGGAGCUCCACGCGUACUUGGUACUGAACGGAAUCGCCGUACUACUUAUACCAUUCUUCCUCGCAGCGGCUCUGUUCAAGAUUGGCAACCUCGCCAACGAUGGGUUCAAGUUGGGGCGACACCUCAGCACUUGCGGUGCAGAUCCUGCUAGUAGUGUGGUGCUGGGCCGCGCGGGCGUGCUGCGGUCGCUGUGGCAACAUGGCGGCCCUACCGCCCCCUUCUUGCAUCUGGUGACAUCAUUUUGUCUCCUGCUUCCGAAACUUCUGGUGGAAGCGCGCCUCAUCCAGACAGGCUUCCUGCACAAAGCUGCAAUCUGGCGAACAGAUCUGGAUUUCAUGGUUGUGCACCGAGACCGGCUCGUUGUCUUGAGUUUUAUGACGUCACCGAAUCAUACGAACUUCCUGCCCACACCGCUGCCGUUUCACACGUCGUCGUCAGCAGUGCCGUCAUCGAACUUCAUCAACGUCACUGAGAACGUAACAAUGGUGCCAUCUAUCAGUACUGCAAAGAGCCAAGCCUUGCGCAGUAUGCAGGAGCUGGUAUCACCCAAUCUGGAGGCAGAGGAGUGGGCUACCAGCAUGGGACCUGUGUCUGCUGAGUUCCUUAACUAUGCACUGGCUCUUCUCGUGUAUGCAGUGCGCUACCCAGCUGUGUUCUGGAACACCAACAAAGCCUUUGCAGCACUGUUUUCACUGCAGCUGUUGGCCAAUGGUAUGCAGAGUUUGCUGGCUUUUGCAGGAGUCAGUGUACUUUACAAGGUACAGGUAGUGGGGGCAGCUGAAUCUCUGCCCCUGCUCAGGACCACUCAGCCCUUUCUGCUGAAUGCACAUGUUACACUAGCUUUGUUUGUGCUGUCCAGUAUACUGGUUCUGGCUUCAAGCCUUGUGCUAUACUUGUAUGGCUAUGGACGCUUCAACUCAUUCCUGCGCACUGAGCGAGAGCGGCGAGUAGUGGUGCUGGGCAGUGCAGGUGGUCCCAGUUGGGGAUACUUUACACACUGUGCUGCCCUGUGUGUGCUGUUGGCACUUGCAGUGUGCAAUGCACCACUUCUGUUUGAUUACACCAUGGUAUACCGUGGGUCACUGGAUGGUGCCAUCCUUGCCACAGCUGUGGGUGCCAUCCUUCAUCUGUUCCUGUGGAUUCUUCUGUGGCUCCUCCUUACCAUCAAACAGCACUGGGUUUUCAAACUGCGUGUCACUGUGGGACGUGCCACUGUCCGCUCUGCACGAUCUGUCAAGCUUGUGACAGAUGUGGAUCUGGUGUCAGCACAUCAUGAUGCCUUGGAGGCCCCUCUGCUGGUAGUUGGAAAUGGCAGAACUUACACUAUCGCAGACAUAUCACCCAAGAAGGCCAUCAUGAGUGUAAUCCAACGGGCAGCUCUGGAGCGCAAGACCAAGGGCAAUGGACCUGUCCCCACUCCUGAUGAUGGUGAGGAGCAGAUCUAUUGGUUACGGCACAAGCCACCCUCACCUAAAACAUCCCCUGAGGUGACCUCAGACCGCCUGACCUGGCUGAACCGCAAGCUGAGUGGCAAACACAAGGUGACCUUCGAUGACAAUGCCUCAGUUAGGAAGGGCAAGUCACUGCUAGCAAAGUCUGGUGGAAGUAAGGGAAACAAGGCACUCGACCAGCUGACUGAAAGUGAGGAGGAUGAUGGUGACUAUGCAACCCUACGGGAGAUUCCAAGUGACACUGUGUCUGAGGAGAACAAGCUCCUGGACUCUGCACUGAGGGAUGACAGCAUCACAUAUGCUCGCACAAACCGAGAUCUCACACCAGGAGAUUAUGAGGACCCUAGCCCCCUCCUCACCCCAGAGCCAUUUCAUAAUGAGUUGCCACCUCCUAAAAUCUCACGUGACACUCCUGCUACUGCCCCUGUCACAGCAGUGGUGCAUAGCAGCACUGCAGACUCAGAGCAGCCAGUCACCACCACACCACGCUGUCUACGCCGUGCAGAUUCAGGAAUGCCUCAUGAUGAACUGACUCCUCGCUCUGAUUCUGAUAGCUCAGGAGGCUCUCCACCAAGUCAUAGUGAGACUUCUAGUGGUGUGCACUCCAACUCAAGCUCUGAGACUCACAAGCCACGAUCCACAAGUGUAGAUGACCUAACAAUGGAGUCGUCACGGCAGCCUUCUCCUCCUUGGCGCAGCUUCUCACUACAGCGUAAUGUGGUGCCACCCCCACCACCCCAUGUUGCAGAAAGCACUGUAGUGAUUCGGCGCAGCAAGCAGGCUCGCCCCAAAACAACAGAUGAGCCCUUUGGCCGCUCCACCAACAUGCGCAUGACAUCAUUUACAGACCACCCUGCUGCCACACUUCCCCUGUACCCUACACAACAAGUAGCCACAGUAUACCCACACUGCUCCACCAUGCCUCUCCCUACAGGUGGGCCCAGCAUCCCCCGUCAGCACACAACCAUUCCUUCACAUGUACGUCUCUUUAAUCCAUUCAUGAAGCGGCUGCACCAUUGUGCUAGUGGAGUAGUGCCCAGUACAGGGCUGUCUGGGGGACACCACACCUUCCCUCACAAGUACAGCCCAUUGCAACACAAGCAGGACCGGGACUCAGCCAACUUCUCCAUGGCAUCAAGUGGUGACUCAGAUCAGUACCUGCCGCACACAUAAAGAUGGCAUGUAAUAAAUAACAGACAGCAGCAAGUGAGACAGGUUCCAUGCACGAGUACAUACAGUGGACCAAAAGCAUACCUCCAUGUUGUAUAGUUCAGUCAUUUUUUUUGCAAGAAUAUUAAUGCUGUAAGAAAUCUACAAUUGUAAAGGAACAAUACUGGUUCAAGAUUUCUGGGCUUGAGCUCAGUUUUCCUGGCACUUUAAAAUGCAAACUUUGCUUUUUACAGUAUAAAGUUUGCAUUUUAUUCAAGCACAAUGAGUUUGAAUGGAUCACUUCAGCAACAAGGCUUCUCAGUCUUAUGUUUUAAGUGAAUCAUAUAUAGAGAAAAUUAUGUGAUAUUAAUUCCUCAUACAUAUGCAGCGAUUGACCCUGGAAACAAAUAAAUUACUCAUUCUGGAACUUGUUUACGAUUUAUUAAAAUUCAACUUGUUGUUACAUUAUAUAUAUUUGUGUAGAGGCUACAGAAUCCUAACAUCUGGAAGAUGUGACAUUAUAGUGAAGAUUAACUUCUUGUCUCAUUUAAUUCAGAUAUUCAAACUUCUUUCAAGAACAUGACCUGAAAUUGUACUUUUCAUAUGGUAUCUAACUUCCCUUUCAGGAAAUUUUAUUCUAACCAAAACAUCAUAUGGAGUAAUUAUAAAGGAUAGAGGAUCUUGCUGAUCAAAUUUGUUUCAUAAUGCCUGGAAUACUUUUCAGACUGUAGUAUCAUGUGAAAUAUAAUAACAGCUUCAAAACUUAAUUUGACAUAAGACUCAAUGAAAUUAAGUCAACGGUAAAUUCAAGAAAUGCUUAUUGUUUCACGUGCUUUUGAAAACACUUGAUAUGGUACAUAGAACCACAUUUUGUUAUGUCUAGUUGUGAAAUAUGGAUUUGCACAUUGAUGGAUGAACAAAAACUAUAUGUAUCUGAAUGUAAAAUUCCAAGAACCUAAGAGAAAGAAAAAAGUUGGGAAUAGAGGAAGUUACAUAACAAAGGAUUUUGUGAAUUUAUGUUCCUAAGUAUUGUUAUGGGAGUUAAAUGAAGGAAUUUAUGCAUGUAUAGCUCACAUUGGUAAAACCAAGAAAUGCAUAUAGGUGAUCAUUUGAAAAAUGGAAGGAUAUGGGAAGAUAAUAUUAAAAUGCAUUUUAGAAAAGUAGGAUGUAAUGAUGUGGACUUGACUGGCUGGAAGUUUUGCAACUGUUCUGUGUCUUACUUAAUGCAUUGCUGUCUGUGUAUGAUGAUGGAAGUUAGAAGAUUUUUCUAUUCAGCAUUCAUAUGCUGCCACAGUAAGGACCCAUGUUGUCGACAUGGUAUUCUGACAUCACAACGAACAUUCUCUCCAUCUGUCUACAUGUUGUGUGUGAUGCUUACUGUUUGCUGAUAGCCAGUUGUACAUAGUUUUUGUGGCUGUCAAAGUAAGCGAAUAAUUUGCACAUACAAUAUUUGUACUCAGUCAUGUGAAAAUAUUCAUUCUUUAUAUCAAAACCAAAGCAGAAAUCUUGUCAUCGGGUGGCUAGUAUUCUAACAACAGAUGCCAUUUAAAGGAAUCUGGUUGAAUGAUUGUAACUUGUGAUUCAAAUUUAGAGAAUGGACAAAGUUUUGUUACAGCUUUCACAGUGAUAGCUUGGUCAUGAUAAGGGAAGAAUUCUCAUUCAUUCUUAUAAGUCAAACUGUAGGACUUUUAGAAAGUGUCAGAUGAAAAUAAAGUGUGGAAGUUAACUCAUAAUAUGCAUGGUCACUGUUAGGAUGGGUGACUGCAUUCUGGCAUAUUAUUAUACUAGGAAGCUGGAGACACCCACUUAAGCACUGGUUUACAAACACUUGUAGUGACCCUAAAUCUGUUCGAAGUAGAACCUCCCACACUCAGACUAAACUUCCAUACAUUUUUUAACACAAAAAAAAACAUUCUUGUGAUAACAUUUUGUGACUGAACCAGGAGCGUGAAAUUGAAAGCCACUGAACUGUAGCCUCAUGACUUGAACUGUAUCAUGAUGUGAUUGGCACAUGCUGUAAUUCAGAGUAUAAGUUCAAAUAUUUGAGUAAGCGUAUAGUUUACAAUUUUGUAUGUAAGGAAAUCAUGAGAGUGAAUGAUGAUCUUCAUUGUUUCCUUGAUAUUUAUUAUAUCCACCCGAUGACCACCUGGGUACCAACAUACCUGUCUGUGUGUGUGUGUGUGUGUGUGCGUGCGCGCGCCUGCCUGCCUGCCUGCCUGCCUGAUGAUGAUUUUGUACAUAGCCUGGCUGAGUCUCCCACAAGAUAGGUCUGACACAUGGUAUGGCUAUACACACACAACCUGCCAGAGGUUUGUAAAUUUUUAAAGUUUUUGUACUGAUUUUCAUACAUUUUAUAUGUUGCAUUUUGUGAAGAGGCAAGUUGUGUGUGAGACCAAAGCACAUUCCAUCAGCUUGUAUAUCAACAAGUCUGCCUUUUGCAUUCCUUGUCUACCUCUGCUCUGGCCUUGCUCUGGUGGGAGUACUUGGCACUUGUAUAAAGACUGAUGUGUCUCACGUGUCUUUACAUUUGUAUGAAAUGAUGCACUUUUCUGAUUCAUGAUAUUUGUAAAAACAUUUUCUCUGUGUGUAAUGUGUACUUCAGUCAUGCAAUAAAGAACCUGCAGUACGUCUA